AUGUCCCCCCCUGGGCAUGGACAGGGUCAGGUCAUGGCCCAGGCUGCCGGUGGUGUGGCAGGUGCAGAGGCCAGGUGUUCGGAGCCUAAUGUACAGGGUGUUGCAGAGAGCGCAGCGGGACCCGCCCUCUCAGAUGGCGGAUCGCGCGAGAUGUACUCCUCCAGUUCAUCUGAGGAGGAGGAUCUCGGCCGCCAUCUUGAAGGGAAGGGCAGUGGAGGAGGAGACACCACGCGUGACCAGAGCAGCCCAGGUAACUUGUGGAGGCUUCCGGUCGCGGGUGGUGGGCCAACGGGUGGCUUAGGAGGGCAGCGGGCGCACUUACCGGGGGCGGCCAGUUCUGCUGGUGAGGCGGAGGUGCUGAGAGGCAGUGGAGGAGAAGGGCCCAGUACAAGCGCGCAUGCGCGCAUGGCGAUCGGAGGGCCUUGCACUUCUGCGCAUGCGCGCAUGGGUAUUGGCGCUUGCGGCCUAAGGUGUGAAGCUAGCGUGGCUGGAGUAGAAGGGCCAAGGUUGAGUGUGCAGGCUGGUUUGAGCAUGAUGGGUCCUCAGUCAGGGGCGCAGGCAGGCAUGCAUGGUGGCGCUAGUGGCCACAUUGGUAUAGCUGGGUCUGCAUGGAGUGCACAAGGGGCCAGUACACAGGGGGGAGUUUUGGAUGCGGUUAGUGAUACGCUUGGGGGGAAUGCCACUAGGGGCAGAGGGUGGUCGCAUGCGGGGAUAACGCAUGUUAUGGAUGAAGGGGCGCAGUUUGAUAGGAGUGUUGAUGCGAUACAUUAG